AUGACUGCCGCUGCUGAAAGUGGCAGUGAUCCGGCGUCCACAUCGAUUCCUUCCAAAAGAGUGUACAUUUCGAACUUGAGUUUCAAUGCCACAGAAGAAGAGCUUAGAGAACUUUUGGCCAAUUUUAAACUUGUUUCGGUCCUGAUUCCUAGUCAGACUGUUCGAGGGUUUAGAAGCAGCAGCGUCAGACCGCUCGGUAUAGGGUAUGCGGAUUUUGCCAGUGCGGAGGAGGCAGGAAAAGCGAUCGAAGAGCUCAACGGAAUUCAAUUCAAGGAUCGGACGCUGAGACUCAAACCGUACGUGCCGUACAGCCCUCGUGCACCAAACAAGAAACCUCAGAAGAGCAAAGUCGGUGGUUCAAAAUUGAAAAAGAACAGCAGCAAAAUUUUGGAACAUGAAAGCUGUAACGAGGGCGAAUGCUUAGUUGCCGAACCACCUUCAGCUCUUGUUCCGGCUGGGACCUCCGUGUUCGAGCAAGAACACCCAGAACCUCUUUCGGAGGAUACCGUGUAUUGCGCAUAUCUUCCAAGCAACGUCACUGACAUUGAUCUGCGAGAAUUUUUCAAAGAUUACAAGCCCCAGGACAUCUACGUUUUCAGAAAUAGCGGUUCGAGGCGCGGCCUUUAUUUCCACCGUCGUUUCACCGCGGCUUUGGUUACACUAGGCAAGCCCGAGGCCUUGAAAGAUUGCAUUGAACAACUAAGCAAAACCAAGUCUUUGGGCAAAAAGAAGAUCAUAUUAAGACCUGCGCGAUUGUCUAAAAUUCAAGAAGUCCAGCAAGCCGCUGCCCGGAAACUUGCCGCGGAGCGAGCCAAGACUGAGUUGGAACUUUUGGAAGCUGAGACUACAAGAGUUGAGAUUCCAGCUACAGAACAGGUCUGA